GGAGCGGCUGCCCGCCGCGCCGCCGUCAAGCGGGAGCGGCCGCAAAGGGAGCCUCGGCUGCGCGACAGCGAGCGGCGGCGGGCGGGGCAUAAUAAAGCAGUGAAGAGAAACUGAAGGAAGUAUUACAUGCCUUACUGGUCAGAAAACUGUUUCUGAAGUAUUUGGGCAAACUACAUAUAUAUGUAGUAAAAUCUGCAAAGGCUGAAGGUGUGGAGAGCAUGGGUUAUGACAUCGAGCGCUUCGUGGGCUAUGUUAACGAGGGGCUGUUGUGCUCCAUCUGCCGAGACGUGUUAGAGGAUCCACUGCAGGCUCCUUGCGAGCACGCUUUCUGCACUGCCUGCAUCCACGGCUGGCUGGUUCAUCACAGUAACUGCCCUGAGGACAGACAAGUGAUUGAUGUGUCUUUGCUGCGACCUCUCUACAGAUAUAUGAAAAAUGAUUUAAACCGUCUUCAGCUACAUUGCAGAAACAGAGAGUAUGGCUGUGAAAUGGUUUGUUCUCUGGAGUCCAUAGACAGGCAUGAAAGGGAGUGUGAGUACAGUCAGAUACCUUGCUCCAAUGCUGGUUGUACCGUGCAGAUCGAGCGGCGUAACUUGGACGGGCACCUGGCGGUGUGCGAGUACCGGAGCCGGGAGUGCCCCAACGGCUGUGGCUACACCAUCCUCAGCGCAGAGGACACGCAGCACAACUGUGUGGCAGAGCUGAGAACCGAGCUGGAGCUGCUUCGGUCAGAAAUGAUCUGCAGAGUGGAGGAGGCAAAACAUGAGAUGGAGUCAAGGUUAGAUUCACAGAGAAGGCAUAUGGUCCAAAAAGAGAGUAUUCUGCAAAAUGAAAUUGAAGAACUAAAGAGUCAGAUGUCACGAAUGAUGUCAGACGUGCGGUCUCUGAUGGCAGCAGAGAGGCAGCACCGUCAAGAGCUGGAGCAGGCAGAGCUGGAAAAACGAGAGUUAAUGGAGCUGCUGAAGGGGCUGCAGAAGGACUGUAGAUUAACUACUACAGAGGGAAGCAGGAAAUCAAAUUUCCGUCCUUUGGCACGACUAGAGAGUGUAAAAAGAAAACCUAGGGAAGUUACAGUUAUCUAAAUCGUACUAAGCUCAAAAAGCAUUUUCUUCAAAUACUGGCUUCUGACAAACUACUUUCUUUGAAUGAUGGGUAAACUUUAUAUAAUUUCUGAUUUACUUGUUUUCUUUUAAGAUCUAUAUUACAACUGUAUUUCCUUUGGGGCCAUGAAAACAAACAGAAGAUAUUUUUUUUUGUGAGGGAAUACUGGUCAUUAAAACCAGUAAUUGGAAGACAUAUUUUCAGCUAAUGUUUUUAUAAAAAGGGGAAGGAGACUUGAUUUAUUCUCUGUUUACUGCAUCACUUACAGGAAUCUUUCAGGACUGAAAGCUACAGCCUUUUAAAGUCAAAGAUAAGGACUAUUAUGGACCAGGAAGAAAAAACAUUUAAGUAUCUCUGUUUCAAACAAAAAAGAAAAUGUGACCAUUUGUGAUGUACUUAAUUUGGGGAAAAGUGAAUAGUAGAAUUAGUAAGUCAGUAAUAGAAAAUUAAUAAGAUGUUGUUUGUAGUCUGUAGAAGGUCUUGUUUCAAAGGUGGAAAGCAAGCACUUUAAUUCUUCUGCUAUGUAACAGCUUUGGGUGAGGUUGACUGUUGCUUUAGGGCUUCUCAUUUCCCAGGCUGAUACACACUUACGAGACUAACACUAAAGCCCGAGGUAGUAGAAUAAUCUAAAACCCUUUAAACAGAUAUGUGAAUAACUUUGAGUUUGUGGGAAUGGAUCUGCUUAUUUUAAAAUGUGAAGCUUUUAUAUGUGAAAGUAUCAGGUUUCUACAGGAUCUUUUGAGCACAAGACCAGUCUGUUUAGUACUCAAUGUCUUUAAAGUGUAUGUAAAUACCUAGAGUAUCCUUAAUUUUCUUGUGGCAGGUUUAAGGCUACUUGAUAUGCACAAGAUAUUUGCACAAUCACUUGAGCUUCAGACAUCUGUGUUAGUGCUCAAACAGGCUGCAGGGGGUGCCAGAGCCUGGCACUGGCAUCAGAGGGUAACAGAACACCUGUGUGAGUGUGAGUAGGUCAGUGACCUGCUCUGCUUAGCAAUACAAGGGCAGGUGGAAGGGUUAAGGAACGUCAGAACAUGAGGAAGACAUUGACUGGUAGAGUCAUUCUCUACCUCCCCUGAGGCAAAUGUACCAGUCAAAUGCACCUCAGAAAGUGGAGGAUCACUAGAGAUGAACCUAGGGUGGCAGGUCUACAGUGCAUUGGCCUGGGUAAAGUGCAUCUACACCAAUGCUCAGUGUGGGCAGCAAGGAGAAGGAGCUGGAACCUUCCUUCAGCAGGAAGGUUUUGAUGUUGUCACCAUCACAGAAACAUGGAGGGAUGACUCUCACCAUGGGGGUGCUGUGGUGGCUGGAUAUAAGCUCUUUAAAACAGAGAGGCAAGGCAGGAGAGGUGGUUGGAUAGCACUGUACAAUAGGGAGUGUUUUGGUUGUAUUGAAAUUGAUAGUGAAGAUGAUGAGUUUGGGUGCCUCUGGGUGAGGAUCACAAGGAAGGUCAGCAGGGCAGAUGUCAUGGUGGGAGUCUGUUGGAGACCACCCAGCCUGGAACAGCAGGUGGCAGAGGUGGCACUGUCACCAGCCUUUAUACUCAUGGGUGACUUCAACUUGCCAGAUAUCUGCUGGAAAUACAGCAGAGAGGAAGUGGCCUAGGGGUUUCCUAGAGUGUGUGGAAGACAGCUUUCUAACUAACACAACUAACUAACUAACACAGGUCCUGCUUGACUGGUCUGAUCUCCUAUGACUAAGUGACCUCAGUCAUAGGAGAAGAUGAGGGAAAGGCUGUGGAUGUUAUCUGUUUAGACUUCAGUAAAGCAUUUCACGCCAUCUUUCACAGCAUCCUCCUAGAAAAACUGGCUGCUUGGGACUUGGAUGGAUGGACUGUCCAGUUGAUAAAAAGCUGCUUGUCAGGCCCAGAGAGUGGUGGGGAAUGGAGCUAAGUCCAGUUGACAGCUGGCACUAGCAGUGUUCCCCAGGGCUCAGUAUUUAGGCCAGUCCUGUUUAACACCAUUAUUAAUGAUCUGCACAUGGGGAUUGAGUGCAUCCUGAGUAAAUUUGCAGACACCACCAAGUUGGAUGGGAGUGUUGAUCUGCUUAAGGGUAGGAAGGCUCUACAGACAGGCAUGGACAGACUCAACAAGGACAGCUGCACAAGGUUCAGUAAGAUGAAGUGCUGGGUUCUGCACUUGGGCUGCAGCAAUCCCAUGCAGUGCUACAGGCUCAGGGCAGAGUGGCUCAGGAGCUGUUCAGCUGAAGGGGACUUGGGUGUGCUGCUUGAUAACAGUCUUAGUAUGAGCCAGUGUGUGCCCAGGUGGCCAAGAAGGCCAGUGGCAUCCUGGCCUGUAUCAGAAAUAGUGUGGCAGUGGUUGUCCCUGUAUUUGGCACUGGUGAGACCACUCCUCAAGUGCUGUGUCCAGUUUUGGCCCUUCACUUUAAAAAGGAAAUUGAAAUGGUGAAGCAUGUCCAGCAAAGGGCAACAAAGUUCAUGAAAGGUCUAGAAAGCUUGUCUUGUGAGGAGCAGCUGAAAGAGCUGCCUUUGUUUAGUCUAAAGAAGAGGAGGCUCAGGGGGCACCUCUUCAUUACCUACAACUCCCUGAAAGGAGAGUGUAGCCAGGUGGGGACUGGUCUCUACUACUGUGGCUACAGUGAGAGGACAAGAGGAAAUGGCCUUAAGCUCAGGCAGGGGAGAUUCAGUUCAGAUGUUAGAAAAAAAAAAUUCAUUGUUAGGGUGGUCAGUGAGCUGAUGGAGUCACCAUCCUUGGAGGGGUUGAAGAGUUAUCAGGAUCUGGGGCUCAGCAAUGGUUUAGGUGGUUUAGGAGUUGCAGGAGUACAGUAAUUUCACGACUAUAAGGCGCACCCUUUUGACUAAAAGGCUUUUCAUGUUGUUUAUAAUGGUAUAACUAAGCCAUAUUCUCAGCUCAUCAGUGGACUAACUAUAGAGAUAUCUGACCUUCUGUUCACUGUAUGUGUAAACCAGUUUUGAAGGCUCAGGAAUAUGCAGGUUCAAGAACCCGAAUAUGUUAAUUUUAUAGUUCAGGAAGCAACUUUAUUACUGUGCAUGCCUUGCUGUCACUCAGAGCAAUGCUUUUAUAGCUAAUAUCAUAACCAAAGAGAGAGGCAGCAAUCUUCUUUAGCACAUAGUCUACAUUAUGAAGAUUUGUGGUCAGAGGUGUCUGAAUUUCAGGCAUUAAUAAAUCCUUCUAACUUGCUGUUUCCUUAGUACCACUGAGGCAGAUGUGCACAUAUUCAGGUCUUACGUAUGUAAAAACUGGUCUUGUGUAUUUAAAAACUGACAUAAAUAGCUCUUCUGUAAAAGCAGGGUUUUUUUGGGGGAAAAAUUCCCACAUUCAAAGUAAUUCAGAGUAUUUGGGACACUAGCAAACUCACCAGUUCAUGCCAUAGCACAUCUCUUUAAGCAGCCAUGUUUAAUAAUCUAAACCAGUAAACCAGUAGCUGUAAUUUGGGAAGACCUUCAUUCACAUUAAAUGUUCAGUGGUCAAUUCACUUACAUCAGUGUGUGUAUUAAAGCAAUAGGUAGAAAGUAAGAAUGCUGUUACUCUUGUGUUCUAAACAAGCAAGCUGUGAGUGUCUGUGCUCUGCAUGACAUUACUGCAGCAUUCACACUAAUUUUCAAGCUUUUUGGCAACACCAGAUUUCAUGCUAUUAGGUUCAGUUAGUGCUUUUCUGUGUUCUGUAACUGUGUGGUUGUGAUGUGACUUUAUCUACUUUGCCUAAUGUAAAGAAGAAAAUUACUUCAAAAUCCUUUAAAACUUGAUGGAUCAUCUUUGCUGAAUCAGAGGGCAGUAACCCAAUCUUUUCUGUUCUGACCACAGAAGAAAGCAAGUUAUUAGCUCUGUGCAUUCCUUGUAAUGGGAUCUCUGCAUUUGUUUGCUUUAGAACCUUCACCCACACAUUUAUAACUAAAUUCUUCCUAGUAUGGGAAAUAGGGUUUAUUUAAUGUUUACUUAGCAUUUGGUCUGCUGCCUUUUCCCUAAGUGAUGGACAUGAAAUUGCGUGAGAAAACAUGUUCCAGGUUUUUAGGAAGGACUUUCUGCUGUGCAAUCAAGCUCUGACAGUCCAAACUUCCACUGGGCCCACCAGCUGCUGGAGUGGGCUGUCAGUUUGGGUUUCCUUUAGCUGCAAAGAAUCACUUUCAGAGAUGUUUUAAAUAGGCACACAGUAGGUAAUGGCACCAGGGCGCUCUGGUGACUUUAAGCUUAAUGCAAUUUCUCUGGGUUGAUAAUGAUUCUGCACUUCAGAUUUUCCUCUGCUAAUGAACCUCACACAGGGUGGCAUUGCUGAAGUAUCAUCAUCAUUUGACCUGUCUUACAAUUACAUUAAAUAGCCCAUUAUGUUAAUAUUUCAUCUACUUUUUGCUUUUCCAGUCUCAUGUAUUAUGCAGCUCUUAAUAGCACUUGGCAGCAGCAAGGGAUUUUUUUUUCCUUGUUUCAAAUAGUCUGUUAAUCCUGUUCACAAAAACUAAGACUCCAAGUAUUGUAAUAGACAUUCACUUGGAAAUGCUACUUCCCUAGUCAUGAUCAUAUUUUAGCAUUAUAUGAGACCCUGCUAAAAGUGCAUUACAGGAGGAUUCUAGCACAGAAUUACUGCUAUUACUAUUCUCAUACUAAAUGACACUUUAAUCAGUUCCAUUUCCUCACAAGUGGAACUGCUGUUCCAAGUGGACCAAUAACUGGAAAUUGUCGUAUUUUGAGUUGCUGCUUCUGACUCUUUGCAGCUGGAAGAAGGAGAUUCAGGAGAGAACAAGUGUGGUGUGACUGUUCCUUCAGCCCAGAAGCAGAGAUGUGGCUGCACCAGCUUGUGCUACCAGCCAGCUUAUCCGUGUGAGCUGCCAGCAUGGCAGGGAGUUAACAUGGCAUUAAACAGAGAUCAAAUUUUUAUCCACAGUUAGGUGGGUACAAUGUCACAGUAUCAAGCCUGGGAGAUACAGAAACAAAACUCAGAGAGAGCAAGCAAGGGAUGUGGAACUUGCAUAUAUACAAGAGUUUCUUGCUAGCAUAGAAGGGAAGGGAAUUGCACAGUCUGGCCAAAAGUGGUUUUAUCUGAAACGUUCUUAGGUGUUUGUACAAAGUAACAUAUUCAUAGACCCCAGCUGCAAACAGUUCCUACAUUUUACAGAAAUUGGUAGCCUUGCAAAUGAGAUUUCCCAUGUGCUGUCCUCUUGGAUGUUUCUGGCAUGGUGCUUCUGUACAGCCGCUUUCCUUAGAAGUGCUGGGUGGUAUUGACAAGGAGCAGUACUCGCCUUGCCUUUCUCCCGUACUGUUGUCAGAUGGAGUACGGUAGGUCAGGGAGAUUUUAUCACGUAGAAGAUGCCUUCAUAAAGACCUACAAUUCUAUGCAACUUUCUAUUAACUGAGUAAACACUGAACUGUCUUCCAGCAUUAUGGGUCGCUGCCAGUCUAUUUACAUUUUCUACCUUUAUAUGCACAAGGAUAAACCAGCGCUUAACAGAUCUCAAUCUCUAGUGUGCAUAAGAAAUGGUAACACUUUGUAUCACUUUGAAGUACACUUUGUAUAAAAGUUGAACUAAUAAAGGGUCUACACCAUAAUUAACACA